AUGGUUACACCCACAUGGCUUGUGUACGAACAAACAUUCCAUGCGGACAUAUUUUUUUUUCUUACUUCUUUAUAUCUUUCUCUUCAUAAAUCUUUCCCCUCUUUUCGUCUUCUUUUUCAACUCGUUCAUUCUUUUUAUAACUCUUUGUUGCCGCCAUUUAUUCCUUUUUCUUCUUCUUUACACUUAAUUCCUUUCUUUUCGUCGUUUGACUUCUUUCCUUUCGUCAGUUUUGCUUUUUUUUCUUUCUGUCUACAACUCAUUCAUGAUUUUCAUCGCUCUUUGUUUCUGUUUUCUUUUUAUUCUUCUUCUUCUUCUCGUAAUCCCAGUUUCUUCUUCUCCUUUCUUUAUAUUUAUCUUUCUCGUCUUCCCAAUUUCUUCUUCUUUCUUUAUAUUUUUCUCACUCAUCAUCCCAGCUUCUUCUAUCUCUUUGUUUUCUUUCUCCUCAUCACAGCUCCAUCUCUCUCUGUCUGUCUGUCUGUCUCUCUCUCUAUAUAUAUAUAUAUGUAUAUCUAUCUAUCUAUCUAUCUAUCUAUCUAUCUAUAUUAUUUCUGGUCAUAUAUUCUUCUUCGUCUUCUAUCUCUUUGUUUUCUUUCUCCUCAUCCCAGCUGCUUCUCUCUCUCUCUCGGCAGGGUUUUACUUUCUCUUUAUCACAAUUUUUCCUAUUUUUUUUUCAUUAAAUAUUAUUUUAUUUUUUUCUUCCAUUUCUUCUUUUUCCUCAUCACAAUAUUCUUAUUUUCGACGUCAUUUUUUUCUUUUUCUUCUUUACAUAAUUUUCUUGUUCGCCAUCAUUCCAAAUUCUUCUUUUUUCUUUUCUUCUUCCAAAACUAUUUCUUUAUUUCUUUCUUCUUUCAAAUCAAUUUUCAAACUAUUUUCCUUCUUCUUGACUUUUCUUCUUUUAUUUAUUUUCAAAUCCAAAAUCAUUUCUUCUUCUUCUUCUUCUUCUUCUUAAAAUUUCCUUUCUUAUUCUUCUUCUUUCUUCUUCUUUUUCAAAUUCACCUUAUUCAUUCUCUUCAUCUUUUUCUUUUCUUUUUUCUCUAA